AUGGUCGCAGCGUCGUCUGCUUCGCGGAAUAAGUCCGUGAAGCGUGUGAAAGGAGGUACAGAAACCACCAAAAACUAUCGAUUCGAGGGAUUUUCGCAGCGUGUCGCCAAAUUAAAGAUCGAUCCGAUUCAUCGCGUACGUCGACCGAGCUUUGGCGAAGAUGGAGAUGCGACCUCGUCUUAUUUCAGAUCCGCGUUUGAUCACUGGGCCGAGUUGAAUUUGUCGGACAAUUUCUCCCAGUUUUCACGCAAAAUCAGCCCGCUAUGCGAGAGCUUGGCUCAGAUUCUAUACCACGAGGAGAAAAUAAUGAAUUUGUUGGUGGAGUUUAUUGAGAAGAGGGACCAACUGUCAUUGGAGCCACUUCUGAGUCUUCUUGCUCAGUUUGCGAGGGAUUUGGGUGUGAGGUUCGAGAAGCACUUUGCGACAGCUGUGACUCUCGUGGCGUCAGUUGCGGCGACUCAUCCUGAUGUCGAGGUGGUCGAAUGGAGCUUCGGUUGUUUGGCAUGGACCUUCAAAUUCCUUUCUCGCCUUCUUGUCCCGGAUUUGAGACAGGUACUUGGGAUCAUGACACCUUAUCUUGGAAAGGAACGACAAAAGUCAUUCGUUGCUCGAUUCGCCGCAGAGUCCAUGUCAUUCCUCAUUCGAAAGGCUGCGCUGGUUUACUACAAGAACAAGACACCCCUCGAGCUUGCGACAUCAUUUUUGCUUCAGGAUCUGCGGAAUGCGGCGGUGGAUUCGAAGAGUAUCGAGUCAUACAAGGAAGGUCUCAUGAACAUGUUCUCUGAUGCCAUGAAAGGUAUCAAGGGUGCCAUCCACACCAACGGCACUGAUGUUCUCCACUGCCUCCUGGAGAGUGCAGCUGUGGAGGAUGACUUGCAGCGAAGUCUGUCACUCGAAGUUGUAAGCGGAGUAGUGGUCAACAUUCUCCAUUUUACGACCCCCGACACAUUCGAGCCCAUUCUGGAUUUUCUUAAAUCUUACAUUGAUACCCAUUCCAAAAAGGCCCACAGGCCGCAUGCAGAGCUCUGCUGUCGAUUAAUAUUCUUGAGUGUGUCUACUCGCAAAGGUUCCCGAGUCAAGAACUGGAAAGCAGUCCACCAGAUUUUGCUGCUUCUGCUCCAGAAAGCUGGAGCUGCACAUGAUGUUUAUGCCGAAUCCAUGCCCCAACUUCUCACUGUUACCGCAUAUGCACUUCAGCUGUCUCCUAUGGAUGAAAUGCUUCCAUUUAUGCGUCCGAUCAUGGAUAACGUGUCAAAUGAACGGUUCUCAGCCUACUUUCUGCCGUUCUGCGCCACGUUCGCGGAAUGGGGCACAGAAAGGUUCCAUAGCGUUGUUCUUCCCCAUUUCCAAAGAUAUGUCAACUCUUCGUGGCGUGAGAACGAACAUGAAUUGUGCUUGACCUUGCUCCGGUUGAACCAAGCUGGAUGUGUAACAUCUGAAGUUUCCAAACCAGGUUAUAUCACUUGUCCAAGCGCUUGGAAAUCUCGCAUCAAAGAAACUCUGAGCAUAUCUACUCCCAGCAAUGACGAAGUGACUCUUCUCAACGCAUACUCGAAACUACCUCAAGCCAUGUCAUUAUUUACCGACCCCUCCCUUCUCCCUGAUAUGGUGCGCAGCUUCCACUCCCAUUUAUCUAGCGCUCUCAAAAGCAACGAGUCCGAUCCAUCAGCUACGACAAAGUUCUUCCUUGGCCAAGGCUUCAAAGCUUACGUUGAGCUCGCUACCAAAUCGGGGGACAUCGACGCAAGUCUCUGGGAACUAGUGAGCGCAGCAGUUACGAAAUUCUCUCGGCUUCGCCUUUUCCUCGAGGCAACACUCGCUUUCAUCUCCGCGUGCCCUGAUGCCAUCGAUUUCAAGGAGUCGACAAUUGAAGACUUUGCCGGAGCUUUGAUCACCAACCUUGCUGGACCUUCCCACCCUUUGAGGUUAUUAUCUUUGAAAAUUCUACGAGAGAUGGUCCAGGUUUCUGGCGAUGACGCUUCCCCCAUCUCAUUAGCUAUAGAGGUUGAGGAGAGUGAGUUGACUCUGCAAUCCGCAAGAGUCCUCUCUAUGCAUGUCCGUAAGCUUGCGCUCCUCUAUCCCCAGGUAGCUUCGCGUAGAUGGAUGGCUACAUUGAUCCCCCAUUUCUGCUUUGGUCUUUUUUCAAAGAAGAUGGCUCCCCUCUGGGAUGACUCUGCUAGCGCUUUGAAAUCCAUCAGUGAGCACUCUGCAGGCGAGAAGAUUGUCUCGGAUAUGGCAAUCCAAUGGCUUCAGGAACAAGGUUCCUUGCCAAGCGAAGAAGCAGACGAGGAAAGCGACAACAAUUUUACUUCUAAAUAUUUCCAGUGCUACAACGUGCUCAAUGUUGAGAAGGUCAUUUCUUCGAAUUUCCGGCGCUCAGAACAACCCAGCUCGACCUUGAUGCAAAACCUCGAGCUGGAUCACACCUUUUCCGACGUCAUUCCCGCGUAUCCUCGAACCCACGCCCUUCGUGUUCUUAAUGCAGCACCAAACAUUGCCGAAAAGCGUUCUCGCCAGGUGGUUCCAUUGUUUUUGUCAUGGGCAUUGCGUGACGAAGAGGAUGGCGCUGCUCCAGACACUUCUGAAGAUGAAUCAUACAUUCCUUGGGGCUUCAAAGACCGACUAUCGUUCCUUGCUCUUCUCGCACAAUUCAUCAACCCCAAGGUUCUGUUUAAGGCACCCGAAGUCCACAAUGCCGUACUUGGCUUGAUGUGCCAUGGUAAUUCGGAGAUUCAGAAAUCCGCCCUCAAAGCUCUCUUUACCUGGAAGUCUCCGAGUAUAAUGCCUUACCAGGAAAACCUUUUGAACAUCCUGGACGAGCAGAGAUUUAGGGAUGAACUUGCUGUCUUCGUCCAUGUUGGCAGAGAAGACAGUGUGAUUGAAGAUGCGCAUAGAGGAGAACUCCUUCCUGUUCUUCUCAGGCUUUUGUAUGGCCGAAUGAUCUCGAAAGCCGGCGCAAGUGCAGGAGGACAGGCUGGACAAGGAGGACGGAGAAAGGCCAUUUUGAGAACACUUUCGCACCUGCCCGACCGCGACUUCGAUUUCUUUAUGCAAACUUCAUUUGGCCCUCUCGGAGGCGUCCGCUUGGUCAAAGAUGGCCAGAUUGAUCAAGAGGUAUUUGACCAGGAACUUACUAGCCCAAGAAAGCAGACUGGUUUGAUUAAGAUGGUCGAAACCGUUUUUGAAACGCUCCAAAGCCGGAUGGCUCCGUAUGUGGAGCAGUCUAUGAAUGUUGUUCUCUAUUGUCUUGUUCGAGCAUGCCGAGCAUUGGAGAAAGAACAAGCUAUGGAGAACUCCGAUUCCCAAGAGAACAAGUUGCUGGCAAUAUUGCGCAGCAUUCGCCAGACUUGUAUCCGGUGCAUCGACCUCGUGUUUUCCAUCUCGCUGGACCGAGAUUGGACCCCAUAUGUCCGUGUGAUCUUCGACGAAGUUAUCAACCCUAGAUUGGACAAUUUCGCCAUUGAAACUGCCCAAGGAGUAUCUGGACUUCUCCGACUCUUCCACACUUGGGCAUCUGCUUCUCGGUCAUCGUUCUACCUUGUACAGCACAAUGACAGUGUCUUGACAAAGAUUGUGGACUGUCUUGGUGUAGAGUCAGCCCGCGAUGAAGUCAAGAUUUUCGUUAUGGAUGAGGUCCUGGUUCCCAUCAUCGAACUUUCAACUGGGAAAAAGCUAGAAGAGCAGGAGGAAAUGAGCGACUUCCCUGCCGAUGAAAUCCGCUCGGUCGUUUUGUCUCCUUACAUCGAGCAUACUCUUUAUCACAUGAAUCGACUUCUCAAGCGUGGUCCUUCUCGCCCUACAUUAAUUUCUGGUGUUCAAACCUUGUCACUGCUUGCCCCUUGUGUCGAGUCUUCUCGUGAGACCUCAAGUCUCAUUGGAAUAACGACAUACCUCCUUCGUCAACCUCCGGACCGUGUGUCACCCAAAACAAAAUCAGGCCUUCUACGGAUUCUGGAGCACUUCUUGCCUUUGUUUGACACGCAAGAAGAUCCAGAGCUUUCUCAGCAGGUUUACGAGGCUGUUUCUUCGAUGUUUGAUUACUUUAAAGAUGAUUCGAACCGCGAGGUCUUGUCAAGGGUGUUCACUGCCUUUGCAGCCCAUGAUUCUGAGCUCUCGGAAGUUGCAUCUUUGUGCACUGAUCUGAACUCCAUAUCUAGGAAGAAGCUUGAAGUCGAUUAUGAGAGCCGGUUGAAAGCCUUCAGGAGAAUCAAUGAAACCCUUUGGGAGACUUUGAAUGCCAAGCAAUGGCGCCCUCUGCUCUACAACAUGCUUUUCCAUGUUAAGGAUGACGAGGAACUUGCUAUCAGAUCGAGUGCUUCAUUUGGAUUGAAGCGAUUCAUGGAGAGAGCUGUUCUUCCUACGGACAACAAUGAGGAAGAAUUCGAAUCUCUAGUGACUGACGCCUUAUUCCCUGGCUUGCAGUUCGGUAUCAAGCAGAAGUCGGAACUAAUUCGGUCUGAGUUUGUGUCCGCACUGGGCUACUUCGUCAAGUUAAACCCAACUAGGCCCUCCGUCCAGGAUAUGAAUUGUUUACUUGUGGGAGACGAUGAAGAGGCAUCUUUCUUCAACAAUGUCCUCCAUAUUCAGCAGCAUCGCCGUCUCCGAGCUCUGCGUCGUCUUGCCACCGAAGCACUGCAAGGAAAAUUCCAGGCUUCGAACAUUAGCACGAUCUUUAUCCCUCUCAACGAACAUUUCGUGUUUGACGCAGAAGCUGAGGGAGGCGACCAUAAUCUGGUUGCGGAAGCUGUAGCUACGCUUGGGGCACUCGGAGAGUCAUUGGAUUGGAAUCGAUUCAGGGCCACCUUCCGGAGGUACCGUGGGUACAUGCAGAGCAAGCCUGAUAUGGAAAAGAACGUCCUCAGGCUCCUGGGACGAAUGGCCGACUCUUUGACAAAUGCUUCGAAGCAAUACAAUGCGGGAGAGAGCAAAGAUGAGGAUGCAAUGGAUGAUACUGAAUCCUCGGUGCCUUCCAAAUCAACACUCGCUCAAACCCUCCCAUCUGCCUCCAAGCUUGCCACGGAACUGACCACAAAUUUCACACCCCAGUUGAUCAGCUUCAUCCACCACAAGAAUGAGGCGGAGAUGAGUCUCCGUUUGCCAGCCGCGGUCACAACGAUUAAGCUUUUGAAACUGCUUCCCGAGGAAGAGAUGGUGAUCCGUUUACCUCCAGUUCUUCUGGACGUUUGCAGCAUUCUCAAGAGUAAAGUACAAGAGACCCGAGACACUGCUCGGAAGACACUUAACGACAUUGCCCUUCUCCUGGGACCUAGCUAUUUCAGCUAUAUACUCAAGGAACUGCGGAAUGCACUCAAGCGGGGAUACCAACUUCACGUUCUUUCCUUCACUGUCCACUCCAUCCUUGUGGCAACAACAGAUGAUUUCAAACAAGGAGAUUUGGAUUAUUGCUUGAUGGAUCUGGUUUCAGUGAUUAUGGAUGAUACUUUUGGCACUGUCGGCCAAGAGAAAGAUGCCGAGGAAUAUGUCAGCAAGAUGAAAGAAGUCAAGAGCAGCAAGAGUUAUGACUCCAUGGAGUUGCUGGCCAAGAACGCCACUGUUCAAAACCUCUCAAACCUGACACGGCCGUUGCAAUCUCUCUUGCGCGAGAAACUGAACUCUAGUCUCGUGAAGAAGAUCGAUGAGCUUUUGAGAAGAAUCGGGGUGGGACUUUUGAGAAACCCAGGUGCAGAGAGCCGGGAUCUUCUGAUCUUUUGCUACGAAGUCAUCAAGGAGUCAUACCGUGACCCAACGCAGUCUGAAACCCGACCUGAAACCGCCUCAGAGAAACAUUUCUUGGUGAAGUACCACGGCGCCAAGCGGGGUGAGAAACGAGGAACAACUUCCUCCCAUGCCUACAAGAUGACUCGCUUUGCGCUGGAUGUUUUGCGCGUGGUUCUAAACAAGUUUGAUUCGCUACUGACCGCAGCCAAUCUAUCUGGCUUUAUUCCUAUUAUUGGCGAUGCACUCGUUCAGGCACAGGAAGAAGUGAAGAUUUCUGCUCUUCGAAUGCUGUCGACUAUCAUCAAGCUUCCCUUGCCUGAAAUUGAUGAGAACGCCCACGUCUAUUUCACUGAAGCUGUAAAGGUGAUCAAGGAGGCACCAAGCACAAACACCGAAGCCUCACAGGCAUCUUUGAAGUUGAUAUCAGCCAUGCUGCGCGAGAGGAAGAGUACAAAACUCAGAGAUGGUCAUCUUGCCUAUCUGCUCCAGCGCCUUGCCUCCGACAUCGAGGAGCCCGAUCGGCAGGGCGUGACAUUCAACUUCAUUAGGACUGUCAUGGCGAGAAAGUUCGUGGUCCCAGAAAUGUACGAGUUGGCAGACCAAAUUGCCACCAUGAUGGUUACGAACCAGACUCGCUCUGCGCGGGACCUGGCACGGGGUGUAUAUGUCCACUUCUUGAUCGAGUAUCCCCAGGCGAAGAAUCGCUGGACAAAGCAACUUGGUUUCCUGGCUAAGAACCUUGAGUAUAAACACCAAUCCGGCCGUCAAUCUGUCAUGGAAGCAGUCCAUAUGCUCCUAAACAAGACUGGUCCCGAACUGGCUCAAGAUAUUGUUGGUACAUUCUUCCUACCUGUAGUUAUUGUGAUGUCAAACGACGACUCGUCCGAGUGCAGAGAAAUGGCAGGCGCCCUCCUAGGAGAACUUUACAACAGGGCAGACAGGGAGCAGAUCAAGACUGUUCUCACACCUCUUCGAUCCUGGCUUGAACAAACGGACAAUUUGCUUCUCAGCAGCACUGGAUUGCAGGCUAUGAGGAUUUACUUUGAAGCCGAAGGAACUGAAAAGGAGAAGGAAGCUCGUUUCGUCAUCGAGGUUCUUCCGUCACUCAUGCAGCCCGUUCUCGAAGAUCAAGAACAAGAGAACUGGGAAACACUCUAUUUCUCUCUCCAACUUUUCACGAAGCUUUGCAAAACCGUGCCUUCCCUUGCCCUGGCCAAGAAAAGUGCCUCGAUUUGGACUGCCAUUCGCGAGUGCCUAUUCUAUCCCCAUGCCUGGGUUAAAACAUGUGCUGCAAACCUCAUCGGCAUGUGGCUCGCUGACCUGGGCAAGCACAAUGCAGAAAGUGGCUACAGCUCGCUUCCUCUGGCUGGGUCGGCAGGCCUUGCUAUUGACAAGGACGCGAUGCUGCAAUUGAUCCGUGCUAGUGUACGCUGUCUUCGGACGCCUGGUAUCAGUGAGGAGCUUGCGAUGCAAACCGUUCGCAACACCAUCUUCCUCAGCAGGUGCUGCGCUCAGAAUGGUCUUGAAUUUGCCAGGGCCGGAGACAAGGACACUGAAAUGGAUGAAGUCGAAGCCGAAGAUGAAGCCGAAGAUGAAGCCGACGAGACUACUACCAACGGCCAUGCCGGCAACACGCCCAAGCUCGCCAUCCGAUACUUCUUCGAGCAAGCGUCAUAUGUUCUCCGAAGGGAGGUCUUUUCUACCCGGCCGGAAGUAUUGAUCCCGAAGACUGCAGCCAUUGGCCUCUUUGCGGCUCUUUGCCGACACCUGGAGGCCGACCAAAUCCAUCCCUCCCUGCCGGUCAUCCUUCUUCCUCUCCAGCAUAUGACUGAUUCGUCAAUUCCACCACCGCGUUCAUCGGACGAGACUUUCCGAAACACAUACAAGGCCAUCGUAUCCAACUGCCACGAGGUCCUUGAUAUUCUGCAAAAGAAACUGGGUACUACCGAGUUUGUGGCUCAAAUGUCGCUUGUCCAAGACUCCAUCAAGGAGAGACGUGAGGGCAGACGUGUCAAGAGACGCAUUGAAGCGGUUGCAGACCCCGAGAAACAUGGAAGGGACAAGGCGAGGAGGAAUGAGCGCAAGCAUGAUAAGAGAAAGGAGAAGGGUAUGGAAUUCCGCGGCAAGAGACGUGGUUGGUAG